AUGAUAUUAUGUAUAUGAUGGUGUUUUCGCAGCCGUAAUAGUGUUGUUGGGAUUAAUAUUGAUAUAAUUCAAAGUUAUUACCCUAUUCAUGCUUGGAGGGACUUAAAAAAUGUCAUCGAGGAUACAGAGAUAUGUGUAGUUUGCCUGGAAAAUUUCGAAGAAGAAUCUAAAGUAAGAAAAUUGAUAUGUGACCAUGUUUUUCAUGCAGAGUGCAUAGAUGAGUGAUUUAAACAGCAUAAAUUUUGCUGUGUGUGUAGAAAGGAUUGUGAAGCAGUCGAAAAUUUAUUUUCAAAAAUCUCACAAGAUAUACGUAUGGAAAGGACUAGCUUAUUUACUAAUCAUUCAAAUGACUUGAAUGUUCAAAGUGUCGAAUAA